AUGAACAGAACAUUUGUGCCCAACCAAUCACUGACCAUAGAAUCGACGAAAUCACUGCUUAUCCACUUCCUCCUCCCCGAAAUCCUAAUUUGGGGACCAUGGAACGAAAAGGUGGAUAUAUGGACCUUCGGAUGCUUGAUUUUUGAGAUCGUCACCGGUGGAGUACUUUUCAAGUACAAACCGUUCCAAAGAUUCAACCUUGAUGAACUAUCCUAUCUCCUGUACACGAUGCUGUGCUACACGUGCGAAGACUUUAGCGCAGAUCAACUAACAGUCAGUAAAUGGGCUGGCCGAUUCUUUGAUUCAACAUGUAAUCUAGGGGCCAAUCCACUGUCCUUUCGAGUUGUGUAUCAGGAAUCACAAAGUCAUAGAUGA